GCUGCCAAUUCCAUCACCACUGCCACCACCGAACGGCGAGGGCGCGCGAGGCGAGAGCAAGAUGCAGAUCUUCGUGAAGACGCUGACGGGGAAGACGAUCACGCUGGAGGUGGAGAGCAGCGACACCGUCGGCAAUGUCAAGGCCAAGAUCCAGGACAAGGAAGGUAUUCCCCCGGAUCAGCAGCGCCUGAUUUUCGCGGGGAAGCAGCUGGAGGACGGCAGAACCCUGGGCGACUACAACAUCCAGAAGGAGUCGACGCUUCACCUUGUGCUCCGCCUCCGCGGCGGCAGCAGGGGCGGCUACCCCAAAGGGAUCGAGCCCAGCCUCCGCGAACUCGCGCAGAAGUACAACGAGAACAAGCUGGUCUGCCGCAAGUGCUAUGCACGCCUUCCUCUCAGGUCGACCAACUGCCGCAAGAAGAAGUGUGGCUACAGCAGCCAGCUGAGGUCGAAGAAAAGGUUUAUGUCCAAGCUUGGAAACUGAACCGUUGGAGAGCGUUGCCAUGCAUUCAGCUGUCUUCAUAACGCAGUUAUCAGAUCCGAGCUACCAUCUUGUUAACUGCUCUUGAAUAAAUUCUGGGCCGUUUAUGCAUUGCAAUAGGAAUGAUUAUUAAAUUUUGUGGAUGUUUUACAUCUCUUA